CCCGGCAAGCGCGGACGCCGCGCGCUCCGCUGGAGUUUCGAACGCUGUUGGCCCCCGAGACAGAAAAAAAUAUAAGAGCGGCGGCCAAUGGCGAGGUGGGAAGGACCCGCGCGCAGACCCGGCCCCGCCCCCGCCGGAGGGACAGAAGGCCGGGCCUGGCCAUUGGCUCGCGCCGCCUGUCACUCGUCGGUGCGACCAGCGGGCAGCGGCCUCGCGGUGACUGGUUCCGCCCAGGCGCGAAAUGUAACGCGGGAAAAGCCAGGGCAGGCACCGCGGCGGCAGGUUGUUAUUUUUGGGGGCUCAGCGCCGCGCGUCCUGCUUUCCUGUCACCGCAAGUGCCCGGCAGUCCGCCGCUUCCCGCGGUUGCAGCCUGCGCUGCGGCGUACGAAGAGCGGAGGGCGCUUGACCUGGGGCCGGGGUCCAGCCCUGCCCGCCCGUGCCGGCCGCUCAGUUCCUUAGGUGGCCGCUGCGCAGGAUUCCGGGACGCGUCCGUCUGCAAUGAGCCGGCAGCACUGAGCCGGCGACUCGGAGCAGAGCGAGCGAGGGACAGAGCGGUGCUCAGGGGUGCGGCCCGGGGCCGCCGGAGCUGCGGGUCGGGCCGGGCGAUGAUCCGGGGCGUGGAGGCGCCCAUGGCGGAGAACCCGCCGCCGCCCGUCAUCUUCUGCCACGACUCCCCGAAGCGGGUGCUGGUGUCGGUCAUCAGGACGACCCCGAUCAAGCCUACGUGCGGAGGGGAGCCGGAGCCGCCGCCGCCGCUCAUCCCCACCAGCCCCGGCUUCAGCGACUUCAUGGUGUACCCGUGGCGCUGGGGCGAGAACGCACACAACGUGACGCUCAGUCCCGGGGUCGCGGGGGCCGCCGCCUCGGCCGCCCUGCCCGCCGCCGCCGCCGCCGAGCACUCGGGGCUUCGGGGCCGGGGCGCGCCCCCGCCUGCCGCCUCGGCCUCCGCCGCCGCCUCGGGAGGUGAGGACGAGGAGGAAGCGAGCAGCCCAGACAGCGGCCACCUCAAGGAUGGAAUCCGACGUGGUAGACCCAGAGCAGAUACUGUCCGCGAUUUAAUAAAUGAAGGAGAGCAUUCAUCCAGCAGAAUCCGUUGUAACAUCUGUAAUAGGGUAUUUCCACGGGAGAAAUCGCUCCAGGCUCACAAAAGGACUCAUACAGGUGAGAGGCCUUAUCUGUGUGACUAUCCAGACUGUGGAAAAGCCUUUGUUCAAAGCGGACAGCUCAAAACACAUCAGCGUCUUCACACCGGAGAGAAACCUUUUGUUUGCUCAGAAAAUGGCUGCUUGAGCAGAUUCACCCAUGCAAACCGCCACUGUCCGAAGCACCCGUAUGCCAGGCUGAAGAGAGAGGAGCCCACGGACACACUCAGCAAGCAUCAGGCUGCCGACAACAAGGCCGCGGCCGAGUGGCUGGCAAGGUAUUGGGAAAUGAGAGAGCAGCGCACUCCUACCUUGAAAAGCAAGCUGGUUCAGAAGGCUGAUCAGGAGCAGCAGGACCCUCUGGAAUACCUUCAGUCUGAUGAAGAGGACGACGAGAAGAGGGGGGCCCAGCGCCGGCUGCAGGAGCAGCGGGAGCGCCUGCAUGGAGCCCUCGCGCUCAUAGAGCUUGCCAACCUGACUGGGGCGCCACUCCGACAGUAGCCUGGACACUGACUGUUCCACUGUACAGAAUUACUGCCCAGUGUACUUAAAAAGUAGAUCCUUGGGCAUAAGCUCAGCACCUUAUUUGCUUAUCAUAGGCUGCUAUUCUGUAGAAAUUUAUGAAGAAUGUUAUUGCCCCAGAAUAUGGGGUGAGAGAGAAAUGCACUUUUUUUAUAUGGAAAUAGAUUUGAUGUAAAGUUUAAAAUAUUUUGUAAAUAUGGACUGCACAGUACAGGGUAGAAAAUGACAGAUUGUGGGAAGCUAGAUUUUGCAAGUUUAAUGCAUUCAUUGGAAGUAGUUCUCACAGGAAGCACUUUCUGAAUAAGACACUUGCAUAAAAAACGGAAUGGUACAAAUAACCAAAGAAGGUUGAAACAGAUUAUUUAUAAGAUCAUUUUUAACAAUGUAUAUUGGUAUGUUUAACAAUACUGUAAACACUGAAGCAAGCAAGAAAGUAUAAGAUAUGUAAGAUAGAUAAUUUUAAAUUGCAAAAUACUGCGCCCACUAAGGCUAGAGAAAUGGAAGGCUAUUUUGGAAGAUGUUCUAAGUAAUGGACUUAGAAGAAAAUAGAUAUUUGAAGAUCUUGGUAAGAUGCACAAUAGCUCAGAAUUUUUGAAAUUGGAGCAAAAUCAGUCUUAUUCUAUCUUUCUGGGGCUUUACAACUCAGUAUAAUGUUUAAGUUUGAAAAGCGCUUGUCAUCCCUAGCAUGUUAACUUGGGAACUUUUGCACAUUUCAUAUUUCUUAUUGGCUGAAAUUGAGUGAUUAAUCUUGCAAAGUCUAGGUAACAUAGUGAUUGUUAAUUUUAAAAGUAACAUUAAGGGCCCUGUAAUGAGAUUUGGCACUUGGAUUUUUACUAAAGGGACACCUACAGGGUUGUUUUGUAGUGAAAUGUUUUAGAUCUUUUGUUAGCAAACACUACAUUUUAAUUGUACUGCUUGUUUAGAAUUAUUAGAAAAUUGAAGCCUCCAUAUUUAUAUUUUCAGUGCAUAAAGCCACUUUCUUGCUUUACUUCAGAGUAACAUGCCAAGCUAUUUUAUGUUCACUAAAUUUAGCUAUCAGUUAAACACUGCAGAAAAUAUUAGCUACUCAAAUAAGUAGGCUUCUGAAAUAGUUUUAACUGCAAGUGUGUUAACUUGUAUGGUGGUUUUAAGCCAUUUUUCUAAAUAAAGUUAAACACCACUUUAUGACUGAAGCAUGAACAGAAAAAUCAAGAGCUGAGCAGACCACCUCCUUUACGUAGGCAAAAACUUCCAUCAUUUUGGCUUUUGACAUGCAUAGCAUGGUAAUUUACAGAUUGCUUAAUUGGAGUAAAACUCAUAGUAGUAGAGGGAAAUAUGGGCUCUUCAGUGCCUUUUUAGCUUUUUUGAGUUGAAAGGGUUCCUACAGAUGUAGUUU